AUGCAUAUCCUCGUGACCAACGACGACGGUCCCCCCUCGCCACAUUCGUCCCCCUACGUCGCCUCCCUCGUUGCCGAGCUCAAGAAGGCGGGCCACACCGUCUCGGUCUGCCUCCCUCACACGCAGCGCUCCUGGAUCGGCAAGGCCCACAUCAUCGGCCAGUCCGUCAAGCCCGUCUACUACACGCCGUCUCCGAACCUGUACGGCGAUGACGCCGAGGGCACCAUCCACACGCGGCCCACGACGUCGGACCCCGCGACGCCCGGCACCUUUGACGCCGACAAGGAAUGGGUCCUCGUCGACGGCACGCCGGCCUCGUGCGUCCAGAUCGGCCUGCACCACUUCUUCGCCGAGCGCGGCCCCGUCGACCUCGUCGUCAGCGGGCCCAACUACGGCCGCAACACGACGGCCGUCUUUGCCCUGUCGAGCGGCACCCUCGGCGGCGCCAUGGAGGGCGCCAUCUGCGGCAAGAAGGCCAUCGCCCUGAGCUAUGCCUUCUUCUCGCGGAACCACGACCCCGUCAUCAUUGGCGGCGCCGCGCGCCACGGCGUCCGCGUCAUUGAGAAGCUGUACGCCGACUGCCCGCCGACGCCAGCGUCGACCUCUACAGCGUCAACGUGCCGCUCGUCGAGGGCGUCGAGACCCACAAGACGCUGUGGACCGGCGUGCUGCAGAACUACUGGCACGACGCCGGCUGCUUCCAGGAGCUCGACGGCGACGCCGCCGACGAGGUUGUCGAGGAGGAGAGGAUACGCGAGGGGCAGGGCGGCGAGGUCCAGGGCGGCGAGAGGAAAGCGGACGAGCUGCUGCACAAGCACAGACAGAGGCACUUCAAGUGGGCGCCGUCCUUUGCCGGCGUCUACAAGAGCGUCGAGGAUGCGCCGCCUGGCAACGAUGGCUGGGCUGUCGAGAAGGGAUACACAAGCGUCACGGCCUUGAAGGCAAACUUCUGGCACGCCGCGGAGCAUCUGCAUGAGAAAGAGCUGGUUCUGUGAGUACAUACGCCUUGCUUUUUGGACCCCCCUUUUUCUUUCUCUUGAGCAGGGAGCGGGCACCUGGAGAUGCGAGAUAUACGGAGGGUCAGCUCUAGCGCCGGGUUCGGGGUCGACGAGCAACAGACGGACAUGACUGUGGCCGAGCGAGGACAAAAUCCCCCACCCCACCAAGCAACGCUUGCUUGCCUGUAUUCUACGCAGAAACCGGCAGAACCCAUAUAAUAGAGCAAAGUCUUACGCUUGUG